AGUAGCGUCGGAUCUGUUAAAAUCGGUCCUGUAAAUGCUGUGUGAAUAUUACCUCCAGUAGCGACGGAUCAGUUAAAAAGGAUCCUGUAAAACGGAUGUUCUAUGUGUACGCGCCCUUAAUUAGAUAAUGAAGUAAAUAUGUAGCAAUUAUUGACGCAAUACAUUUCGGGAAACUCUGCAUGCUUAAAGGUGUGUCCAAACAUAAAGCGGCAUUCGAGCGCGGCUGCCGCGCGCGGCUUGCCGCGCUAUGAUUGGACGAUCGCCGCGAACGGUGUUAGUGUUGGUUCGCCAGUGGUUGUGUGUGGACGGACGUAUUUUAUCAAAUAAAAUGGAUAAUGAAACAGCAAUUCGUCUUAUUGAAAUUUAUGGCUCCCAUAGUCCAUUAUGGGACACUAGACGUAAAGAAUAUCACAAUAAUAAUGUGAGAGAAGAUCUAUGGGAUGAAAUAGCAAAAACAUUCGUACAACCAAAAGCAGCUUUAAAAUUGAAAAUGAUAAGUCUUUUGAGUUCUUAUAGAAGGGAGAGAAACAGAGAAAAAACAAGUAAUGUCGCCGGUUGUGGUAAGUUUAAUCUUAUUACAUUUUAUAACAGUAGGUACUUAUUAAUAAAUCUCUGGCUGUUUACAUUUUCACUGAUAGCCAGGAAUAAAUGUCUUAUUAAAGAAUUCAAUUCUUUAAUAAGACACAAAAUCAGCUUAUGUUUUAGUUGUUAUAAUGUUCUUUUUUCUGUUGCAGGUAGAAACAAGGCCUAUAAAUCUAAAUGGUUUGCUUAUGAAGCAUUUAGUUUUUUACAUGACAGGAAUAACCCUAUUGAUGCAGUGGAUUGUGGCUCACCCUCAGAGCCGGGUAAUACAGAACAAGCUAUUCCGGUACAAGGCAUUUCAGAACAAGGCACUUCAGAACCAGGAACUUCGGAACCAGGAACUUCGGAACAAGGCACUCGAGACCAAGAUACAAAUACCAAGAAGCCAAGAAAAAAAAUGCCCGCUAACAAGAGGACAUAUCAAGAGUCAGAGUAUGAUGCUGAAAAUCAAAUGAUAGAAGAAGCAUUAGAAGUAAUGCGAAAACAAAAUGACAGUAGUAAUGAUCCUUACGUUGCUUUUGGCAUGCACAUAGCAACCGAACUAAGAAAAUAUGAUGCCACUAUGUUUACGAGAGUCAAACAAUCAAUAAAUACUAUACUAUACGAAGCUGAUAUGGAGCUCCUCAAUCAAUCAUCAACACAAGAAUAUAACGCUGAAAACAGACGAGGAUAUUUCACUUCACAGUUUACCGAUCUUGACUCAUCAUCUUCUAGUAACAUGGGUACUGGCCUUACACAAUUGAUUCGCGAUUUAGACACGGAUGUAGAUUAAUAUUGUGAAUUAGUUGAGAACAACUGUGAUUGACGUAUGAUGAUUGUGUUGUAUUUAAUUACUACUUAAUUAUGAAAAUAAAUAAAUAAAAAAUAUAAAUUAAAAA